GUGGCUCGUUGGCCACUGUUUCCAGAACAGUUUGUGUCAGUAAAUCAAGGCUUUUGGGGUUCUUAAGCAAGGCAAACAAACCAAUCAUCACAGUGUGUGCACGUCUGUGAGCUUCAGUCACUUCAAACUGAGCGAUUGCUUCCCCUCAGUUUGUUUUUUUUUUUUUAUCAUUUCUGGGGCAGAACUUCAUGAGUAAAAAACAAAGAUUAGAUAAUAGUCUGAAAUAUAAACAGAAUACUUUUUGCAGAGUAUGAUUUUUUUUUUAAUAUUAUCUCCUUUUUCAUCAUGUGAUCCCCCAGAUUUAUCUUGUAGCCCCUUGGGCAUCUCUUCACCUCCAGUUUUGGAGCCACUUAUCCACCUAUGCCAAUGCCCAUACAAAGAAAAUGCACGUUGUCUGCAGUGGUAAAGCAGAAAAUGCAUUUUACCGAUUCACUGAAACGUAUUGUGUCAUUUUAUCUGUUUUGAAAAAUAAAUGACAUUACAUUACAUUCACCACUGCAACCUUUUUGUCCACAUAAAACAUUUUUAUAGCAACCUUUUUUGAUGCUCUAAAGGGAGAAUUCAAAAUCUGUUAGUGGGUCUUCUCUGCACCUGUCAGAUGUCACAUGAAAGUCAGCUGCAUCUCUGGCAGAGUCACACACUAAGUGACACCAAGCCAAUAGCCUGCUGUAAAUGUCCUGAUUAUAAAGAUCAUUUAUUCAGCAGACCUCUUCAAACCACAGAGGAACAUCUCUUCAUAUUCAGAUUCCAGAUUCAUGUGAUAAAAGUAACUGAUCCCAUUUGGAAACAUGAUGUACCUUAAUACAGCCCUGUAAACAGACACAACACACAGGGACACAGGCUUGGGUCUGCUCAUAAAUCCAUCCCUGAAAAAAUGCCAUAGCAAAAUAAACUAUCCAUCUUCUUGGAAUAUUGGUUUUCCUCUAGUAGUCAAAGACCAGCGCUAGGAUUUAAAAGUAAUCAGUUUCAAGUGCAAGUGACCCUCCUGUAGCUGCCUGCGGCUGAUACAGCACCUCCUCCAUUCUCAUCCUCUCAGCGAUUCAUCCAUUCAUCUGGUUCACUCUGCUGCACCACGUUGCCUGUGCUGCCUGGACCAGUUCAGCCUGGGAUGGCACGCACCAUGAGAGGUCCAUUUUGUGCAAAAGGUUCACUUUUUCAAAGCAUGAGGCAGCGCUGAUAAAGAGCCGGGGGACAGCAUCCAUCGGUCGGUCAGCGAUGACUCAUUGCGCACGUUCAGUCACUCAGGGUGCUUGAAUUUUGCGCUUUGCUGUGGAGGAUCGAUACUUCCAAGACCCAUAUUGUGGUGGAAGGCGUGGCUUGGUGUCACCGACACAGGGCUGAUUUUCCAUAUUCAUUCCCAGGAUUUAGCCUCAUCUCACUGACACGGACGCGCCAACGGCACCCCACGGUACGGGACAUAAAGCGUCUCUCAAGGAACUUACACCAAAGCAACUGGUAGCAUAUUCUGUUUUCAUCUUGAUCUGGAUUACGACGAUAUUUAAAACUGUGAAUCCAACAUGGGAACUAACCCAAAAAGGACAGUGACAGUCCAGAUGGUGCCUCAGCUGGCUGUGGUGGACACGCUGGGCAAUAAGGAGUCUAAUGCCAACUGGACUAAAGAGCCCAACCUCAAACUCUCACAGGUUUGUCCAAAACCCACCCUCACAUCUCCGGACCACAAACAGGAUAACUUAUCUCUGACUGCUGCUCCCACUAAUACCAUCCCACAUACCCAAAAAACAGCUUCCAAUGGAGGUGAACCAGUUAGCAGCACCUUGUCAGACAAACCAGUUCCAGCCAAUGGAAACCAGACAAAAUCUGAGCUUGUGACAGGUGGAGACCAACAGAUGCCAGACCUGUCUCUAACAGGCCAAAGUGUGGGUGAGGCAGGAGAUGACCAGAGGGAUUCUAACGCUAAUAUGAAAAUGUUAAGCCUGCCUGAUGAAAAGGAAAUGUGUAAGGACGGCUUGUCAUCUGCUGCUACAGUGUCAAAGGUCGACAUGCGGACCAAUGACUGCAGAAUAAAAGGGCCAAGUGCAGCAGAGGAAGAGAGUGCAAAGCUGACAUCCUCAGCCAAAGCCAGUGCAGCAGAAUGCAGUAAUAAACAUGUUUCUCCAAGUAAUAAAAAUCUUAACAAUGCUUGUGAAUUAAGGCAAACAGCAUCUGCACCCCAACAGGAGAAUAAAGGGGGUAUAUCAGCUCCCCAAAACAAGGACACUGCCAUAGCACAGGAAUCUAAAGAGCCUGAUCAUACACAAAGUUCCUCACAAAGCUCCGUCAGUCUGCAGGAGACUCCCAAACCUCAAAAAAGCGUGGAAACUACAACCCAACGUAGCUCUACUACACCUCCAUCUAACAUCAAAGAAGCAGAAGCCGCAUCUAUAAAUAAGAAUCUGAGUUCAACUUUUCCAGAGAAGGAUUUACAACCAGCAAAGAAACAACAAGUCUCCUCAGAUAAACAUCAGCCAGUGUCUUCACAGAAGGACUCCUCCACUCAGCCCCAGGCCAUACGAAACAAGCCGGCAUACGGGCAGGUGAGUGAGGAAACCAGCCAGACUGACACAGCUGUCACUGAAGAGCUGCAGCAGCAGCAGCACUGCAAGCUCUACAAGGAGGCUUCGACUAUGACCUCAUCCCUGUCAUCCACCCCAGUCAAGCAGUGUCAUGAUAUGGAGGUUCAAGCCGUUGCUAACACGGCCAGUAAGGCUGUGGCCACAAGUCCGAGCUUAUUGCCCUUUGCUGUGACUCGCAGGCCGAGCGGUGGUGCAGUCCCCAGGGAGGAGGCGCAUAGCCUGGCUGUAGUCUGUCAGGUGGAUGGGGGUGUGGGUCUCCAUCAGAUAAGCAUGACUUCUCUAUCCACCUCUACUGAUCCAAGGUCAGAGAGACUCACAGUCGAGGCAGAGAUGUGCCACAACCAAAAUGCAGGCAUGGUUUUAAACUCUCUGUCCCAGCAGCAAGAUGCCAGGCUAGGGGCUAAGCCUAAAGAACCGGGGCCAGCUUUAUGCAACAUCCAGCCAGUUUAUCAAAUCAAUAUUGAACACAGCAACAACAAGGACCAAGGAGCGACAGGUAACUCCCAGCAUAAAACUGCAGCUCAGACAUCUGCAGUUAAAACAACCACUGCUGAAGCUCCCGCUUUCAAAUCAGGAACUCCCCCAGAGACAGCCGGUGCUUCCAAGUCUGGAUCUGCUGACAGUAACAAUGCUGCACUGUGUCAGGCUGCUGUUACAACCAAGGCCGAAAAGGCCCUGCCAACAACAACAGCAGCAAACACCACAUCCAAGUCAGGUCUAACUAAAAACAAAGCUCAGAGUUCAAAAGAAAAGAGCAAGGAAGCUGGAGGCAAAGCCCUGAGGAAGGAGACAAAUUCUGGCAAAAAGAAGAUAGAACCAGAGAGGAACAAAGAAGAGGGUAACCAGUCAGGGAAGCAGAAAGGAACGAGCGUCCAUGAUGUCGUCUGGGAUGAACAAGGGAUGACUUGGGAGGUUUACGGGGCUUCUGUGGACCCAGAAUCCCUUGGUUUUGCCAUUCAGAGCCACCUGCAGUGUAAAAUCAAGGAGCAAGAGAGGAAACUGAUGGUCCAGACCUCCUUCCGAAAGUCGAUCUCUGGUGUCGACUCGCCGGGACAGGGCAGGAAGAACAAAAGGAGGCAGCAGAACAUUUUCAGGUCAAUGCUGCAAAAUGUCAGACGGCCCAACUGCUGCGUGCGUCCCCCUCCCUCCUCCGUCCUCGAGUAGCACAGCACAGAGGUGGCCAAUGUCAGACUCCUCCCUUUUUUCCUAGAGGUCAAAAUGUUUGUCCUCUCCUCGUCAUGACUGCAUUGCCAAGUGAAACAUUAGUGGGGUGACGAUCCCUGUAAGUAAGUAAGUAUACUGGAAUGUUGUAGCAUAAAGAGGAAAACUACUUGUGAUGUUUGUGAUCAAAGAAGGUAGGAAAUAGAAAAUAUAAAAAUGAACAACUCAAGAGUUAUUUUCUAGAAAUAGAUAUUAUUAAAAAAAAAAGAGAGAAGACUUCUAACAGUUUUUAAAUAACAAAGGCAAUAAUAGUGAAACGCAUGUAUAUUAGUUGCAAUGGCAGUUGUAUGACCUAAAAUGAAGUCCAGACCUUCACAGUACAUGGCACUGAUCAUGGGAUAGACAUAUUACUUACUGUCAGAAUAUUUGUGCAAAUAUAUUAAACCAACAUCUUAUUACAUUCGGUGCAUUUGGUAUCUGUAUUUGAGAUGUUUUAGGGCCCUAUAUUUAUAAGAUUGCUGUAUUUUUUUCUUUCAUGCACAUUUAUUUUCAGUGAGUGAAUAUGUUGUGCAAAAAAAAAAAAAAAAAAAAGGGACCGUAUGCAUACAUGCACUGUUUAAUCUCUGUUCUUCUUUGGUUUUCUAUUAAAAUAACAAAAAAAACAAACUAAGUUGAGCUUUACACAGUCUUCAUUUCUGGUGCACUGACAGACUUUAAGCAUCACUUUUUUUUUUUGGUCAUUUUAAGAAUAUUUCAUGUGUUAUUACAAAGUUUAUUUCUAGACAAAAAGGUUGAUGGCCCAGGGGCUGUAGAGAAAUUAAAGGCAAGGAAAAGAAAUUCAAUCCUUAUAUCAGAAAGACAGAUGAAACGCAUCAGUAACUCAAGGAGAGAUACUGUCUGUGGAUGUGUCUAAGCCGAGUGCACCAGGAUGUGAGAGCAGCAGGCAACAUCAGGGCUGUCCACAGGAGAUGUAAGGGAGUGACAGACUGCUGCUGAGAGUAAAGGUACAGUAGGUUGUAGACGGUGCUGGAUAAAUUAGUUUCAAGCUUAAUGAGGCGGUUUCUGAACCCUAACGAGGGUGAAAAGUUUGUUCAGAGGCCUUGACUUGCUCCUAACUAGUUCUUUUUGUUUGACAGACAGAUGAACAACCGUGCAUUUGAUGUUUUCAGGUGAGCCUUGUCAGUAAUGCUUAGUUUUACAUGAAUCCAAUGGUCAGCAUUGCUUAGUUUUGUGUGAACGUAAGAUCUACAGUAACAGGGUUGUGUCAGCCAGACAGAGAGAGAGAGAGAAAAAUAAUCAAUGCAUUUCUGUGAGUUUUAUAGGCCAGUGAAGGACAGGAGAGACCCAGUCUUGUGGAUAUUUCCAAGAACAAGAUGUACAGUUUUGGGCGUUGUUUUGUUGUGGUGUUAAUCUGAAUUAAAGAUAAGAUUUUGAACAAGUCAUUUGCAGUAAGUGCAGAGUCAUAGAAGAGAAGGAUGGAUAUUGGUUAUUUGCAGUUUAGGGCCUGAAAAUGGGCAGUUCUAGUUUUAUCUGCAUCCAACGUACAAUUGUCAAUCUGUCUGUUUAUUAUAUUGUCUGUGAGAUUUCAGCUACACACAGCGGUGAGGUAUCAUUGAUAGGAUUUAUUGUUAUAUAAAGGUGUGCACCAUGUGGAUAAGAGACCAGAAUAAGAGAGUGCCAGAACUACAUCUCAUUUAAGCAUUUUGAAGAAGGUAGAGAGAAAACAGGAGAGCAUCUGGACCUGAGGGACACUAAACAGACCCUGUCACAUGCAGCCAUGAUAGCAGCUAAUAUUCAAAAAUACUCGUGAGUGUGAGAGCAAUGUUGGGGAUACCAUGACUUUCUAAAGAUGCCAUCUGUCCUGACCUUUGCAUUAUUCUGUAUUUUUUACAAACUUAAAAGUCCUACACACUCACACAAGUGUUUUCAAUUACUGCUGUUGAUUAUGCUGCAUUCACGUACCAUCACAGUUAUUGUAAUUAUGAGAUUCCAAUAUGUCAUUUUUUUAUGUUGUUCAUUUUUCAAGCAAAACUGACAAAUGUUUUCUGGUUCCAGCUCUCCAGAUAUGAAGCUUUGAUGCUUGUUUUGCAUCAUGGUUGAAUAAAAUAAGCAUUUUAAGGGCACAGACCAUGCAAGUGGAGAACAUUAACCCUGACUCCAGAGGGUUAAUAUACUGUAAUAAUAAAAAUGAUAACAAAGCCAACAAGACACUGAGGGAAAUGUCAGUGAAGCACAGUUUGUACACAGCCUGGCUGGGAAAACUAUACAUUAGUUUUCUGUAACUGUUCUCUGUCAUUUCAUGCCUCUGACUGGAUUAAAACAAUUAGAGAUGCCAUGAUUAGCCAACUGAUCAAUUAUUUAAUCAAGAGAAAAGUAAUUGGCAGAAGAUCAAUGAAUGUUCAGGCAAAUAUACCAAACAGUCAAUGGUUCCAGCUUCUGACAUAUGAGGAUAUGUUGUCUUUCCUUGUGUUUCAUUACAUAGCAAAUAUUUUUGGACUUUGAACUAUUGUUUGGACAAAACAAGACUAAUGACUUAAAAUCAUGAUGGGUACUUUUUACUGUUAUCUGAUGCCGUAUAGACCAAUGAUUAAUUGAUAAAAAAAUAACCAUUAGCUGCUGCAGCUCUAUAGGCGCCAU